AUGGCCAUGGAGCACAAUGACGGCCGCCUCGCUCCCCGCCAAAUAUGGGCCGCUCCUACCAGCACGACCACCAGGAGCUAUGUACCCGGCUGCACUCCUUUCCUGCUCCCUAGUGAUGGUUAUAUCUUUUUAAAUCGUACCUACUCAAUAUCUCUCACCGACAAUGUGAUCUAUGAUCCUAUGUGCACGAGCACACCAACGAACACGGACUAUGCAGAUGCUGCGCUGGAUACCCGUGACCCCUUUUACGCAUCGGUAACCCCGCAAUUAUACGCCAUGGGCUGUGCGACUGUCGUUAGCUACCUACUUGUUAUCAUUCUGCUUAUUACGCCUCGAACAUUCUACGUUGGUGGCCCUGGAGGUGGUGCCAAUUUCCUCGGUCGACAUGGGAUGGUAAGCGGGUCCUACAGCAACAACUCCUCUGUCGUGGGUGUUGGCGGCCGUCCAUGGCUGCAAAAGCUCGCUGCACUGCUGGUCGCCAUAUCUCUAACCAUAGCAACUGCCGAUUCUUUUCGGGUGGCUGAGAGGCAAUAUGACCACGGCUAUUCGGACGCGGAGGCGUUGACUUCGGAGGUCAUCGACGGAACCGAGAUCAAAGUCGUUCGGAUCAUCUCAAGUACCUUCUUAUGGCUGGCCCAAGUUCAAACUUUGAUUCGCCUUUUCCCUCGGCAUAAGGAGAAGGUCAUGAUCAAAUGGGCGGGCUUUGCGUUGAUUGUCCUGGAUACCAUUUUUGCGAUUCUGGAUAAGUUUUUGGUCAAGACGAAUACUACGCGACCACGACUCUAUGCAGAUGCCAUUCCGGCACUCAGUUAUCUUUUUGAACUCGCCCUCAACCUCCUUUAUGCCGCUUGGGUAAUAUUUUAUUCUUUAUCAAAAUCUCGAUUCGCCUUUUUUCAUCCGAAGAUGAGAAACAUUUGCCUGGUGGCACUGCUAUCUUUAUGCGCAGUCCUGAUACCCGUUGUCUUUUUUGUUUUGGAUAUUGCGAAACCCGAAAUAGCUGGGUGGGGUACAUAUAUUAGAUGGGUUGGCUCGGCAGCAGCAAGUGUUGUCGUUUGGGAAUGGGUGGAACGUAUUGAAGCCUUGGAACGAGACGAGAGAAAGGACGGCAUCCUCGGGAGGGAAGUCUUCGACGGUGAUGAAAUGCUCGAGGUCACACCGUCUGAGGAGGUCGAUUGGCCCCGUCAACAAUACAAUGGCGGGAAUGAUCGCGGUGGAGGCACCGGAAUGUCUUCAGCCUGGGGAGGCAUGAUGCGGCCGUUAAGACCCCGCGGAGGCCGCAAUACCCAAGGCCCAGGCGAGGGCCAGGGCACUACUGCAGCUACGAGGGCACGACGGCGAGGAUCCGCUAGGCCUACUCCGCCGCCCGCAGCUGUCACCCCAGUCAGUCGAGCCGACACGACAAGCGCGGCUAGCACUGUCUAUAAUGUGCAUUAUUACCCGGUCUCCAGCCCCACACCACCAGUAGCCAUGCCUUUCAUGGAGGAAGAGGACGAAAGGUCCGAUGGUGAGAAGGAAUUUGCCGUGUUCGAUAACCAACAGGCUAAUUCGCCUACUCAAAACACCUCCAUGGAUCCAGGAAGAGAGGAUUCGCCGCAGAUUGUAAAUACGGAUCCCCGGUGGCGGACGAUCCUCAAUCCAUUCAAGAGCAGACAUGCAGCUUUACCACGAGAAGUUGCCUCUGCGCAAGCAGGGGAAGAAGGAUGCCUUCCGUCGGAUGAACAUAACCAGCAAGGGGAUAUAGAGUCGUCACCGCGCACUUCCCGACGGUCUGACUUCUUCUCAUUCCAUCGCAUGACAAAUCCUACAUCUAGACGUGGGAGCGCUACUGAACAGCUGCCAGUUACCGUGAUUCCUGCUCGACAACGCGGCCAGCAUACAUGGUCGCCGCAAUGGUUUACAGAUUCCAACUUUGUCGAUCAGUCCCCAAGCCGGCGAACUGCACAGCGCUCUCGUGAUCCACGGAUGAGAGUUAUCCAGCCACAAGUUCAAAGCGCCGCGCCAUGGACGGCUGCUGACGUGGAAGGAUCCUUCAGCUCUAUGGAUUAUGAGUUGCGUUACGAUCCAGAAGCCGCGGCCCUUGUACCUGAAGAACCCUCUUCUGAUCAUCACUCUGCGCAGCCCGAGAAUCCGGUACAUCCGGCUAUGCCGACCCAGGGAGGAAACCAUUCAAGGACACAGUCGAUGUCGGAGGGUCGGCAAGACAGCCAGGAUGCGCAAGGAACUGGGCAGCAUUCUCAUGAUCCUCAGAGGGGUGGGUCUGGCAGUGAGGCAUCAGGGUCUCAGCGAUAG